AGAUCAGUGGGCAAGAUGAGAACUUGGAUAAGGUUUUUGUCCUUACACUUUUGAAAAAAAAAAAAGUCUCAAAAGGAGUGGGGAAGUCGCUAAAUCUAGCUACAAAAUUGGAAACAACUUUCAGGAAAGAAGUGUGUCCCUCAGAUCAGGAAGUUGAAAUCUGUGCUGCGAUCCUCGAGCGUCUGCCAAACUCACGCAAAUCGAAAGCAUCAGAGGCGCCCCGCUUUAGUCCGCGGUUUACAGGACAUAUCGUGUAUUCAACAUGUGACAAACGAAUGGAUGGAUGUCAAGCGAUCCGUUCCUGAAGAGGCAUUUUAUGUAUCUUCGGUCAAUGAAGACGUCUUCCGAAUGACACAGCAGCUUUCAGCCUGAAAUAUGUCGUCGUACUGGUACGUCAAAGCGACAGCAGAUCCGGGUGGCAGCGCCAGCAGCAUGGAGGAGCAAGCUGGCGUUCCAGAGAUGGGAGCCAAGCAGUCGGCGGUUGGCAGUGUUCCCUUGAGUCAUUCUCCCACUCUGAAGAACAUCCAAGAGGCCUAUACACAAGCCGAGGACCAGAGGGCACACGAGCUAAUUCGGCUUUCCUGCGAGAAUAACGUCGGAGGGGGACCGGAUGGGCUACAGCUCCUGUGUUUGGCGGCUCAGAACGGUGACGUGGACGGCGUUCGGUUCUUGCUGCAGGAAGCACGAGUUACGGUUCCACAGGACCCCAGCGAACAAAACCCUGCCGUCCUAGCAGCACAUCACGGACAUCAUGUGCUGGUCCGAGAGCUGCUGGACUCCAUACCACGUCCGUGUGUGCGUAAGGAUCUGCUGAACUGGAUGUUGGCUGCGGCGUGUCAGCAGGGUCAUCUGGAGGUGGUGAAGCUGCUGGUUCACACGUACAACGCUGACGCCGAGGACUGCGCUGUUCACUCAGGAGAGUUUGCCAUCAUCACUGGCUUGCCCCUGUAUGCCGCCGCGCAGGCAGGGAAUGAGGAGAUCGCAUGUUUUCUGCUGAACAAUGGAGCCGGUUUCUCCUCGUACACAUUAAUGGAUCACGCAGACUUCAGCAGGCAGCUACUCAGACAGCGCCACCUGCAGGACAAAGACGAGCCUGUGGACGGGACGCUGCUGCAGGCUGUGCAUGUCGAGUGGUCGGGACUGAAGCUGCCCUGGUUGGACCUGGACUGGUUCAUGGACGUGUCGUCUCAGAUCACGGUUCUGGAUCUGUCUCAUAACUGUCUGAGCUCGCUGCCGUCUGUGGUGCCCUGGGGUCUGAUUCAUCUGCGCUCGCUAAACCUGUCCUACAAUCAGCUGCGAGAGCUGCCCACCCCGACCUCAUCUCAGGAGAUCAUCUGCAGCCAAUUAUCGGCUGUGAAUGUCUCUGACAACGAGCUGGAGUGUCUUCCUCUCGGUCUGCUUCACCUCGGCCAGUUGAAGAAGAUUUCUGCAGCCAGAAACAAACUCAUCAGCCUCUUCAACAUCCCCAACGGCACGAACUGGAUCGGUCUGCGUAAGCUGCAGGAGCUGGACGUGUCCGACAACGGCCUGACGGAGCUGCCCUCCUCCAUCCUGCACUGUCUGAAGGCCCUCAGCUCUCUGAACAUCAGCAGAAACAAGCUCAGCAUCUUCCCCGACCCCUGGGCCUGUCCUCUGAAAAUCUGCAAAGCUUCAAACAACCAGAUUGAGUUUCUUCCUGACACCAUCUCCAUCUUCUGGAAGACUCAUCUGAGGGAGGUGGACAUCUCCGAGAACGUCCUGAAGGAGCUGCCCUCAUACAUAUUUGAGCUAGAGGCCAUCGUCUCUCUGAAGUUGUGUGGGAACCAAAUCUCCACUCUGCCUGCUCCAAACAAAUGGAAAUGCUCUUGUCUGCGAACACUAGACCUGUCCAGAAACCAGCUGGGGAAGACGGGUGAGGCGACCAAAACCAGGAAGCUGGCCUUCUUCACUACGUGGCACAGACGGGACCCAGAGCCAGUUUGUCCCAUUCAGUUUCCUGUAAUCUUGCGGGAUUCUCUGGAAGUUCUCUUCCUGAAUGACAACCAGCUGGAAUGUGUGCCGCCGUCAGUGUGUGCCCUCAAGAACCUCUCCGAACUCUAUCUGUCCAAUAAUCCAGGUAUCCAGGAACUUCCUAUUGAGCUUGGGCAGCUCUCCAACCUCUGGCAGCUGGACAUCGAAGACUUGAACAUCACCAACAUCCCCGCAGACGUCAGGAAAGAUGGUCCGGCUGCGGUUCUGGCGUAUCUGCGAGCGGAGCUGCGAGGAGCAGAGCCCUGCAGAAUGCUGAAGCUGAUGGUGGUGGGUCCUCCGCGGCAGGGGAAGAGCGCUCUGCUGGAGGGGCUGCAGACCGGCAAACCCUCAUCCUUCAUCAGCACCGACUGCAGCAUCCACACAUCCAGCUGGGAUCUGGAGCGACCCGGAGGAGUGGCGAAAUCUGCUCUUGAAUCAGUGUCCUUUAACGUGUGGGACAUUGGCGGCCCGGCCAGCAUGUCGACGGUGAACCAGUGUUUCUUCACAGAUAAGGCUCUGUAUAUGGUGAUCUGGAAUCUGGCUUUGGGAGAGGAAGCAGUGGCCAACCUGCAGUCCUGGCUGCUCAACAUCGAGGCUCGCGCUCCUAACUCUUCUGUCAUCGUCAUCGGGACGCAUCUGGACCUCAUAGACACUAAGUUUCGCACGGAGCGUGUCGCCACACUGAGGGCCUACAUCCUGGCACUUUGCAGAACGCCCUCGGGCGCCCGGGCCAGCGGAUACCCCGACAUCACCUGGAAACACCUACAUGAGGUGUCGUGUAAGACUCUGGAAGGCAUGGACGGACUCAAGAGGCUGUUGUUUCAGGUCACUUCCUCCAUGAAGGACGUCAGCAACCCUGCUAGCUGUCACAAACUCGUGGGAAGACUGAUCCCCAAAAGUUACCUGACCCUGCAGGAGGCCAUAAAAGCAGAGUGUCUGAGGAGAGACGAUGCCGAUGAGGUGCAGUACCUGACGGACUCAGAACUGGAGCACAUCAUCGAGCAGAGUCCCGCCAGUGAUAUCAAAGACUAUGAGGAUCUGCAGACCGCGAUCUGUUUCCUUAUCGAGACCGGCACUAUACUGCAUUUCUCUGACACCAGUCAUGGCUUGUGUAAGCUCUACUUCCUGGAUGCCGUGUGGCUGUCUGAGUGUUUGGAGCGUAUCAUCAACCUGAGGGGCUCGCGCUCAGUUGCCCGUAACGGGGUCAUCAAGGCCGAGGACCUGCGCAUGCUGCUGGUGGGCACCGGCUUCACCCAGCAAACAGAAGAACAGUACUUCCAGUUCCUGGCCAAGUUCGAGAUCGCUCUGCCAGUCGCCAGCAGCAGUUAUCUGUUGCCCCACCUUUUGCCCCCCAAACCUGCCCUGGACAUCCAUGGCUUUCGGCAUCAGAGCAACAACACCAUCCAGCGGCAUUUCAAGAUGAGCUUCGUUCCUGCAGGGUUCUGGGAGCGCUUUAUAGCCAGGAUGCUAAUCAGUUUAAACCAGAUGGACGUGCAGUGUUGGUUGAAUCUUCACCAAAAUUGGUUCAGGUCAGACACAGACAAAGACAAAACCACACAAAAACAAUUACUGGAUUUUAUUCUCCAGAAAAGCCUUAACAGUUUUGCUGGAGAAGACACCAAACAGGAAGCAUUCGAGACCAAAAAGCCCACGAAGAACCAGAGGAACCGCAGUGCGGUGAUCUACAGCUUUGCGGGGAACCAGCAGCGCAAUCGCUGCAGCACCUUCCGAGUCCGGCGCAGUCAGACCAUCUACUGGAAAGAAGGGCUGCUAGUCACCUUUGACGGCGGAUAUCUGAGCGUAGAGUCGUCUGACCUGAACUGGAAGAAAAAGAAAAGCGGAGGCAUCAAGAUUAUCUGCCAGUCAGAGACGAGGGAUUUCUCAGCGAUGGCUUUUAUCACGGAUCACGUUAACUCUCUCAUAGAGCAGUGGUUUCCUGCGCUGACAGGCAGUGAGAGCGACGGCUCUCGUCUCAUAGAGCAGUAUGCGCCCUGUCCGUACUGCAGCUCUGGACCUCGGCUGUCCGACCCACUGCCUCUGUCCGGCUCCAGCCACAGCACCGUCCACUACUUCAACAUGGAGGACUGCGUGCUGGCAGCUGUGGACAAAGAGCACAUCAUCUGCCCCAACCACCCCAAACAGCCUGUCCCGCUACAGGAGCUGGUGCCCGAGCUCUUCAUGACCGACUUCCCUUCACGUUUGUUCCUGUUGAAGAGUGACCUGCAGUGGAGUGAAGAUGCAGCAGAUAUCCUGGGACAGGGUGGCAGCGGCACCAUCAUCUACAGAGCCAAAUACAGAGGCCAUCCGGUGGCCAUUAAACGCUUCCACUUCAAGAAAUGCAAACAGCAGUCGCUCAACAGCAGCACAGACACCAUGAUGAAGCACCUGCAGUCGAUGGACGCAGCCCGCAGCUUCUCAGAGUUUCGUCAGGAGGCCAGCAUGCUCCACUCCCUGCAGCACCCGUGUAUCGUGGCUCUGGUGGGCAUCAGCAUCCACCCGCUCUGCUUCGCCCUGCAGCUGGCGCCGCUGGGCAGCCUCAACACCAUCCUGGAGGAGCGAGCCAAAGGUUCUCAGUACGUGCCGCUGGGUCACAUGCUCACCUUCAAAGUGGCCUAUCAGAUCGUGACAGGCCUGGCGUAUCUGCACAAGAAGAACAUCAUCUUCUGUGACCUCAAGUCUGACAACAUCCUGGUGUGGUCUCUGGAGCUGGAGGAGGCCGUCAACGUCAAGCUGUCUGACUAUGGCAUCUCGCGCCAGUCCUUCCACGAGGGAGCACUGGGGGUCGAGGGCACACCCGGGUACCAGGCUCCCGAGAUCCGCCCCGGCAUCGUGUAUGAUGAGAAGGUGGACAUGUUCUCGUACGGCAUGGUCCUGUAUGAGCUGCUGUCCGGCCGCAGACCGUGCAUGGGUCAGCACCAGCUGCAGAUCGCUAAGAAGCUGUCGAAAGGGCUCAGACCGGCGCUGGGCAGCCCAGAGGAGGUGCAGUUUCACUGCCUGCAGGCGCUGAUGCAGGAGUGCUGGGACACCAAACCAGAGAAGCGUCCCCUGGCCGCUCCUCUCAUGAGACAGAUGCAGGAUCCCAGUUUUGCUUGUCUCCGGUACCUGCUGCCCUGCCAGGAACACAGUCAGCUCUUCUUGUCUCCGCUGCAGGGCCACAACGCCGUCUUCUGGGAUGGAGACAAAGACGACAGGAAUUACACGGUGGUAAACUUGGCCAAGGGGCAGGUGGAGGUGAAGCGGAUGCCGUGCCCGGGAACACGUCUGAGCUGCCAAAUGAAGAUGGAGAACAGUUUGUGGACGGCCACUGAGGAACAGGAAGUCUUUAUCUACAGCCUGAAAGAGAUGUGUCCCUUGAGUCACCCACAGAAACUGCUCUCCUGUCCGGCUGUGGUAACCUGUCUCUUUUUACUGCCGGCCAGGAAAGAGUCUCUCCCGCAGGUGUUUGCUGGCAUGUCUGAUGGUCUCGUGGUGGUUUACUCUCUGGUGGACGACAUGCCCUUGGAGGGUGAGACUUACAUCUGCUCACACACGAUCAACAAGCAUCUGCUGAACAUGGAGGACUCGGACCCUCGGCAGCGUCCGUACGCCGUGCGCAGCAUCGUGCCGGUGUGCACCGGGUCAGAGGUGUGGUACACCAACGGCCCCGGCGUGCUGGUCAUCGACAGCCUGACGCUUCAGCCCAUCCGCCGCCUCGACCCAUAUCUGCCGCCGUCCUGCGUGCGCUGCAUGGUCUCGUCCGCCAGCUGCUGGAGCGACGAAGCCGUCUGGUGUCUGGACGAUCACACCAACACGCUCCUCAUGUAUCACGCUGCCAGCUACCAGAUCUGCGCUACGUACAACUGCAGCGACGCCAACCCACUGCGGGACGUUUUCCCCGUGCAGAGGCCAGGCGGGGUCGUGACCCCUGUGACCCCUGUGACCCCUGAUCCUGACAUCGACGAAGAGCCUCUUCCGGCCACACUGGAGCCGCUGAAGGUAACGGUCACGCACAGCAAGGAAGCAGGAACGCAGAUCCUGUGCCAGCAAGACUCUCUGGAUUACUGCUCCAUGACGUCCUCCGGCUUCAGCUCGGAGCAGCUGGAUCAGAUCGGCGAUUUCCCACACGUCGAGCGCUCCAGUUCGGGAGCCCUCAGCUCACUGACCAGCUCCAGCAGCAUGCUUUUAUCCACAGACUUCGAGGAGGCGGACAGACCGCCAGACGAGCCGGUUUCACCGGAAGCAUUUCCAUCCAGGAGCGCAACAGAUCCAGAACUAGUGGCUCAAAGCCACACACCAGCGCAGCUGAAGGCCUUGAACAUCAUUCCUGUCAACAGCACCAUCUGGGUGCCCAGGCAUGGAGGAGACAUCAUGGUGAUCGAGGUGCAGGAGCAGGCGGGUGCGCUCAGGGGUCGGGUGAUCGCCGUGUUGACGGCACCUGGAGUGUCCGAGUACGGGACUCUGACGGAGGCGGCGCUCGUCGCAAAGGACACCGUUGUGUGCGGCUUCCGUAAAGAAAACAUGGCCUGGUGCCUGGCUGUCUGGAGGAGCUGGGGAGGCCGUGAGCUCGAGCUCUUCUACCAGGGAUACGAGGAGCUCGGCCGCUUGGAGAGCAGUCUGAGGAAAAGGAGGUAGCUGUGUAAACGCGUGUGUGACGGAGAACACAGAUACAGGUGUUGAGCGUGGUUACGGGGCCAACUGGAGGGAAUACACACACACACACAUACUGUAUAUGGACUUGAGGAAAUAUAAUCCUGCAGGACUUGGCCACAUACACAUUUCAUAUAUAUAUAUAUAAUAUAAACACAAGCAGAUUGAAUGCCACACAUGCUGGAUGCAUAAACAUAUAUUCAGCCUCAAGCGUUUGGAAGUGCGCUGAUAUAGGAGUACAUUUACAUUUGUGUACCCAGAAUGCAUCAGAAUUCACGAAACUAAGGGGUUUUGUAUUCAUGAACCUGUGUGUGUGUGUGUGUGUGUUUAAAUGGCAAGAAAGAGAUUUAUGAGGUGUGAUGCUGGUUAUUUGACUUGAUCAACUUUGUCUCAAGUUAAUCUGCAAACUAGAUGUGCCUUUGGAUGAAGGACGUGCUGUUUUAGAAAUGAACCGCAAUCAGACGAGAACCAAUGAAACGGCAGGCCUUCUGAAGCUCCGCCCACACAGUGAGGUCAUAAUGGAGUGGAACAGGUCUGGAAGUAUUUUUCCCAUUCAUUUUUUCCCAUAGGGAUUUUAAAAAGUCUUUGAAGCAAAAUAAUAAUAAAAUAGAAAAAUUAGUUUUUUCACAUUUCAUUUACAUUUUAUUUGUUUUGUUUUUUUGUUAAUUCUAACAAUGCCUGAGAAUGUGAUUAUGAUUAGCGCAAUUAACAAAUCAUAAUUAUAUAAAUAAGUAAUUUAGAUAUAAUAUAUUGCAUAAAGCUGCAGUUUUCCACCAAAAUAAAAGCUUUAUGGUUAAUGUUUAAAAGCAAAGGAAAAAAACAACCAUCAUUUUUAUAUAUAAAAUCUUUACUUUUUUUUUUUUUUAGUUUCUAAUUAUUAUUUUUAUUACAAAAAAUAUUAUGAAGUACUUUACAGUUCAGUAGUUGUAUAGUGAUAAUUCUUUAUUGAUUUUUAAAUUUAAUAAAUAAAUAUAUAUAUAUAUAUAUAUAUAUAUAUAUAUAUAUAUAUAUAUAUAUAUAUAUAUAUAACAAUGAUAUUAAAAUGUGCAGUUAGAUUCAUUCCAUUUUUGUUUUUCCAUUUUGAUGUUUCCAGCCUUGUAGCUGCUAGUAGAUGUGUCUUUAACGGUUUAUAAGUUAUGAUUAGAAAUCAGUUCCCUAUGGAGAAAAAAAAUGAAUGGGAUCUUUAUGGCUGUUGCUCUCUAUAUAAGGCACAGGCUGAUGUUUACUGUGAAUCACAGCGGUUCUGUACAGAGUGGAAUACUAGCAUACGCAAUACAUUUGUCACAUGACCUUGUCACUUUGCAUGUUUAAUUCAGUGUGUGGCAUCUGUCGGUCUUUGAAAAAUAUGAUUGUUUUACAUUAUCAGUCCAUGUUUUGUUUAAAAUGUCUUCGCGUUUAGCUGUCUGAUCACAUUCACAGAAAUCGCACUGGAAUUGAAAGGUCAAGUCGAUGCAUUGCAUUGUGGGAUGCAGCAUUGCACACAGCGUUAUGCUGUUCAUUUUGGGAAGGUUAUACGGUGUCUAUAUAAUGCAGAAGUAUGCUAGUAUGCUGCUCUGAACACAGCCAGAGUGACGGGUUUGAUCUGAUUGUGUAGUGUUUUGAGAACACCAGCAUGCUGACAUUUUGCUGUUGUAAAUAAUAUCUGAGCAUUUCAACUAUAGAAUGAAUGUUAUUUAUUAUUAUAGACUGUUUAAAUCUCAUGCUGCAUGUGUAAAAAGUUGUUUCUGAACUGUAAAUAUGCUGAACAGAACAUAAAUAAAUCAACUGCGUUUUUUAUUAAAGA